ACAAUUGCGUGCUGACGUCCUUCCUUCCUCCUUUCCUCUACUACCGGCGAGAAUGAAGACCAUUCUCAGCAACCAGACUGUGGAUAUCCCCGACGGUGUCGAGGUGAGGUUGAAGGGACGGACUGUCAUCGUCAAGGGUCCCCGAGGUGUCCUCCGUAGGGAGUUCAACCACAUCAACCUGGAACUCAGCCUUCUGGGAAAAGACACACAAAAAGGUAUAUGGAGACUUUGUAUAGAACUGCGUGUGGAUAAAUGGUGGGGCAACAGGAAGGAGCUGGCUACAGUCAGAACCAUCUGCAGUCACGUCCAGAAGUUGAUCAAGGGAGUUACCAUGGGUUUCCGCUAUAAGAUGCGCUCGGUGUACGCCCAUUUCCCCAUCAACGUUGUGAUGCAGGAGAGUGGGGCUCUGGUGGAGAUCAGGAACUUCCUGGGGGAGAAAUACAUCCGCCGCGUCCGCAUGAGACAGGGUGUGUCCUGUGCCGUGUCUGCAGCCCAGAAGGAUGAGUUGAUUCUGGAGGGGAACGAUAUUGAGCUGGUGUCUAACUCUGCCGCUCUCAUCCAGCAAGCCACCACGGUCAAAAACAAGGAUAUCAGGAAGUUCUUGGACGGUAUCUACGUUGAGAAGGGCACGGUCGCCCAGAAAGAGGAUUAG